AUGGAGAUGGAGCUUCCGAAGGGCACUAUCAGGUACUCAUCAAAUGUGAUUUCCAUGGAGGAUUUGGGAUCGGAUUCUGGGUGCUUAGUGAAGUCGCUGCAUCUUUCUGAUAUUGGAGAAGCGCCGCGUCCACCGUCUUCUCUGGCAGUCACGCCUCGUUUACGGUCUUCUCCGGCAGCCGCGCCUCGUUUACGGUCUUCUCCAGCAGCCGCCACGACCGUAGUUGAGGUUCUCAAGGAGCAAAUCAAGGAACUUUCUACUGACAAGGAACAUAUUGAGAGCACUCUCAACCGUGUGACUAUGGAUCUGUCCCUCGGCAGUAAAGAGGAGCUUAGGUUAUCUGAGCUAUUUCACCAAUUGAAGGCUGAUAUUGAUAAAGAAAAGCUUCAUUUAUCUGAGCAAGUUGAAAAAUUAAAGGGUGUGUUGAAUGAUGAAAUAGCCCAGGGUCGUGCACAUGCCGAAGCCUCCUCAAUGUCUCUUUCAAGCAAAUUUAGCAAACUACAAGACUCAGCUUGCAAGAAGAUUUCAAAGCUGGAAACUAUGAUUCGAAAGAGCAUGGAGGAGAAGCUACUCACGGAAGCUGCACUUGAAUCUAUGAGGAACGAAUAUGCAAUGACGGAUUCAGAAGAGUAUCGUCAACUUCUUGACCGGGCAACCCAAGUGAAGUUAUGGGGAAGAAAUAGGGGAAGAUGA